AUGGACACUGACUUCGAGACCUCCUCCACGGACGAGGCCAAAGCAAUGGAGAUCGACGAGGCUCCACUUUCGCAAGACUGGCGCGACCAGUACCUCGACUGGAUUAACCGAGGGGUGCUACCCUCGGACCGCGCACAGGCGCGACGCAUCGCUAGGCGAGCCAAGUCUUUCGUCGUGAUCGACAGAGAGCUGUACAAGCGCAGUCCCUCGGGCGUUUUGCAAUGCUGCAUCCCGAUCCCCGAGGGCAAGGAGCUGAUCCAGGACAUCCAUGCCGGCAUCUGUGGUCACCACGCCGCGCCACGCACCCUCGUGGGUAAUGCAUUUCGUCAAGACUUUUACUGGCCAACUGCGGUCUCCGACGCCACCAACGUUGUGCGGACCUGCGAGGGUUGCCAGUUCUAUGCCAGGAAGAUGCACCUCCCGUACUAUUACGACAAGUACUAA